AUGUCAAAAGAUCAUUCAGACACUAUUUCUACGUCGCGUGAAAAAUGCAUCGACGGCACUUGCAGAAAUGUGACCAUCACGAGAUGCAUACCAAAUUUCGACGAGAACCUGACCGCGUUGACAACCUUUUCGGCCAUCAGAAUUAUUGGUGGUUUUCUCAUUCCGUUUGUUGUGUUAAUUGUCGCCAAUUCAUUAUUGAUAACCAUCGUGCUCCAGCUCAAGUCAGAGGUAUCGGCCCAAUCUGUUGUCGCCAAACGAAAAGCAAUAUUGGUCUGCCUUUUGAUAGUUGCUGUUUUCUUCGUCACGUGGUGCCCAAACCAAGUAACAUACACGCUAAUAACAAUUCCUGUGAUCUACAACUUCAUCGUUCCAGAAGAAAACAUGAUCGGCCUGCCUUCCAUCAUCCCCUUCAUGCACAUCAUAUCGACCUGCUUCCUAAUCUUCGGCUCCUGCAUUAACCCCUUUCUCUACGCCCUCUACGGCCGGAAGAUCAAACGCGCAGUGAUAGUCGUCUUGGCCAAAAUCGGCUUCAGGUCGAGAAUACAAAGAGACGUCAAAGUUCUUGUUCUUCAAAAAGAAGAAGCGAUUUCCAAAGGAAACUCGAAUUUUGCCCUGGUCAAAAGUCAAUCAUCAGCUUCUGUAUAA